AUUCUCUCGCAUAGACUAUAGCAUUCGUUUUGUUGGUGGCAAAUAUUUGAUGGAACAAAUGUUACUGUUCGAAGAUCAAGAUGGUAAUGGUGGAGAAGGACACAAGAACUCAGAUACUGAAACAAGAAACUCUAGUCCUCCUUUUACCAGGGCAAUAAGGGACGUCGUCUCGCUCUGUAAGCUCCGGCGGAUUGUGGUCGCCUUUCUACUGGCUUUGUUUCCGUUUCCGUUUCCGGUGGAGGAUGAAUUUCACUGUGACUUGGAAAUAAUUUUGACUGCUCGAUACAGGAAUUCCCAGAAGAAAAUCCAUCCUUCUGAAAGAAGAUGUCUACUUUUAAGGUUCUCACACGAGAUUGCUCCACUGAUAUUUACUGGAGAGUGUAUCUUUCCCAAAGAAACCAAAUUGGAAUUGAUUGAUGUUGUUACAGGACUCCCUGUGAUACAUGGACCUCUAGCCUCAGCACAAGUUGAAAUUUUUCUACUUAAUGGUAACUCUGAUGGUGAUGGUGAAAAUUCGACAACCGAAGAGCUAAACAGUUAUAUUAUCAUGACGCAAAAAAGAGGUGGAAAAUCAAUGCGCCAUAAAAAUCCAUAUCUGAGGUUGCAAGAAGGCGUUGGUUCUGUUGAUGAAAUUAGAUUCAAACACACUCCAAAACAUAUGAGGAAGUUGGAGGCGGUAAGGCUAGGAGCGAAGGUUAUAGAUUUACCUGAAGAAAUUAAAGUGACAGAGGCCGUGACAGGACACUUCACUGUUAAGGAUAAACGCUUAAAAAGCAAGAAGCGGUACCCUCCAUCACCAACUGAUGAUAUAUGGAGACUAGAACAGAUUCAACGGAAUGGUCCUUUCCAUAAGCGGUUGACUGAAAAUGGUAUCAGGACAGUGGAGGAUUUCCUAAUUGAACUCUACAACAAUCCUCAGAGGCUACAGCAUAUCCUUGGCAAAAGCAUGUCUGGUGAUUGGUGGAAAACCACUACAAUGCAUGCAAAGACAUGCAAUCUUGAUGGAAGAAAAUACUUGUAUUGUCAUCCGGAGACCGAACAAAGAUUUGCAGUGGUGUUUAAUGUUGCUGGCCAGGUGACAUGGAUGGACUCAGGCUGUGGUUUAAACCAUUACAACAUACUUUCUGAAUCUCAAAAGGCGUCUGCCCACAAGUUAGUGGAAACUGCAUUUGCAAACUGGGAAAAUGUUUUAAAAUUUGAUAGAGAGAUUUCUAUUAAACAUCACUUAUCAUCGUCCAAAUUUUCCCCAUCAUCCUGUCCCACGGUUGACGAUUGCCAGCUUUCAGAGCUUCAAAAUAAUUCAAAGUCACAUUUGCCUGCUGAAAGUAACCAGUGGGUAGUCAGUGCUGAAUGCUCUACUUGUUAUGUAAUUCCUAACCAACAUACAGAGUCAGACGGGAUGUCACUUGCUUUCACUUCUUCUGGCCAUUCUACAACCGGUUUUAGUAGUUGGGAUCAGCUGCAAAAUGAUACGGAUAUCCUACAUCUGGGAUCCUUCAACCAGAUCACAUCUGUGAAUUUGGAUUCAGGAGAAUAUAAUUGGGAGAAAAUUUUCGAGUUUCUUAGUUCUGAUGAAAUUCAACUUGAUGAUUUUCCUUAUGCCUCUAUGCGCAAAGGCAAGUCCAACAAGAGUUGGGCCAAGAUAUUUAGCAUAACUAAAUGGUUCUUACUCAUGAAGAGGUUUGUUAAACUUAAAACGGUUCGUAUUACCAAGAAGCGCAAACGUUCCUCAUCAUAAGCAUAAGCUAUGUCAAGAACAACUCGCUCUGUCCCAUUUAGCUGUUGAAUGAAUAAUUUUAGUUCAUUUUGGAAUUUGUGUGAAGGUGAUUUGUAUGAAUAAUUAACUUGAGUUCAUGCUUUAACAUGAACUAUUUGAUGAGUUUGAAUUGUUGGAAUUUAUGGAAAAAAAAAAUGUAAUGAUUUAAUUUGUUAUUAUGUCCGAAAGAAUGAAUGUCAGUUCAAAAUAGGAGGAACAUUUUAUACAA